AUGUCAAAAGCAGAGAGAAAGGGAAGAAAGAAAGAUGCUCUUGAAAAAUUCAUUGAAAGCGAUCAACCCGUGUUGAUGUCCAGUCUGAAUCAACUAAGAUACAACAUUCUAUGUGAAGGUUUGAAGCAAAAUGAGCGUGGUGUGUGUCCAUACAGAGCAUAUGUGUGGUCUAUUUUAUUGCGAGCCGAACCAGUGGAAACAGACUAUUAUGUGGAGCUUCUACAACGUGGAAAGUCACACUCUUUCACCAAAAUCUUGAACGAUUCGUUCAGAACAUUCAAGAAAGACAAAAACUUCACAUCCAAGGUCGACAACCAGACACUUAUUCGUGUUCUCAAUAGCUAUGCCUUGGAGGUUGAAGAAUCUGCGGAGACUGGCGUUUCGCCAUAUGUUCAAGGAAUGAAUAUCUUAGUGGCACCAUUUGCGUACGUGUGUAAAAGUGAGCCCGAGAUCUUUGCGCUGUUUUCCAGGUUGCUCAUUAAGUACAUUCCAACAUACGUGACACCAAAUUUGUCGGGGGUGAUCAACGGGGUUAAGUUGGUGGAUAUCCUGCUUGGACUGCUUGAUCCAAAGCUUUUCCACCACUUGAAGUCCAAAAUGCUCACCGCCAAGAUAUAUGCUUUCCCACUAGUACUCACAUUAGGUGCUUGUACUCCCCCAUUAAGCGAGGUUCUCGUGCUAUGGGACUUUCUUUUUAGCUACGGUGUGCACUUGAACAUCUUCUUUAUCAUCGCACAACUUGUUUUGAUCCGAAAGCAGCUAUUAGAAUCGGAUAAUCCAAUGGUGCUUCUUCGGCAAUUCCCGAGAUUGGACUCCAAACGCAUCAUCAAACUUUCUCUGAGUUUCGUGAAGGUGAUUCCAGACGAUUUGUACGAUCUUAUUGUGCGACAUACUGUGAGUGAGGCAGUAGGUGAAGAGAUAAACGAGUAUUCGAGGCAGAACCUUUCGAAAUAA